AUGGCUCGGCCUAUUGAAGCUGUUAAGGAUAUCAAUGACUCAAAAGAUUUAUGGAAGAUUGCUGUUAGAUGUAAACAUGUAUGGUCUGUGAUAAGUGCUGCAAAAAAAGAACAUAUUGAAAUGGUUUUAGUUGAUUCAAAGGGUGAUAUGAUUCAAGUAAUUGUGCCUCCUUUUUUGGUUUCGAAGUUCAAGGAACAACUUGCUGCUGGAAGUUCCUAUAUAAUGCAGAAUUUCAAAGUGUCAAACAAUGAUUUCUCUUUUAAAUGUACUAAUCACAAUUGCAAAUUAGUAUUCUGUGGAUCAACAUCGGUUAAGAAAAUGGACCUACCUGAUAUUCCUGUUAACUACCUGAACAUACUUGGAUUAGAUGCCAUUGUCGAGGGAAAAUUUCAGUCUAAUGUGUUAGUUGAUAUUAUUGGAGGAGUUACAGAGUUUUCGCAGUCCCAAAUUAAUCCUGAUAACAUGAACAAGAGCAAAGUUGUCUUUACCAUCACUGAUAUGAGCAAAUGUUUUGUACAGUGUACCCUAUGGGGUAACCUUGCUGUUCAACUUAUCGAAUAUUAUAAGACUCAUAAGGAAGAUGGGAAUAUAGUUGUUCUUCUGAUUAACGCAAGGAUUAAGGAGGCUCAAGGCGGUUAUCCGUUGAACGUCUCAAACGCGUGGAACGGCACAAAACUUUUUAUUAAUGAUGUUUCCAUUAAUCAAAUUCAAAAGCUAAAAGAAAGCCUUAAAGCUGAACUUCCAUUGCUAUCUUCUUCGAGUAUGCAAGUAGACGCUACCCAAAGCUCUCAGUAUUCUGACUUUGAUAAAUUUUUGUGGAAAGCAGAAAUAUUAAGUCUUGCUGAAAUAUCAACUCUGCAAAAUGAGACGACCUGUGUGACAGUUGCAACGUUGGACAAAUUUGAGGCUGGACAGGCAGGAUGGUAUUAUGAUGGAUGUGUUGAAUGCACAAGGAGUGUGACUCUAAAGGAAGGAAAGCUGACAUGUUAUGCAAAACACAUAAGUGCAGAGCCAGUGCCAAGGUUCAAGCUGGAGGUUUUGGCUGUUGAUGGUAAAUUCAAUGCGAAGUUCAUAUUUUGGGACAGUGACUGCGUUAAAUUGAUUGGAAAGACUGCUCUUCAAAUGAAGAUGGAUUUGAUAGAUGACGGGGAAGAUAAUCCGCUUGAAUGGCCUUACCAUCUUGAUGCAAUACUGAAAAAGGAGUUGGCUAUUAGAGCUGUUUAUCAGCCUACUAAUAGUCGACUUUCUGUCGUUGGCUUCAAAACUGACAAGGAUACCCGUCAGAAAAUAAGGGAGUGCUUCAAAUCUGAAGAGCCUACAUCAAAGCUUGAAACCCCAGAUGCUUUGUCACAAGAUGAACCAAUAAGAAGCUCUGAACCAUUAUCUGUAUCUGCAGACUAUGAUCCUGCAGUUGGAAAUGCUGGCCUGACUCCGUCUAAGAGGCCUUUGACUGAUGCUACAGAAGAUAAUGAGAGUGUCCAACUAUCCUCAACCAAGAUAACCAAAGAAAUAAAGAAGGAGAAAUAG